CAAGAUGUAUUCUCUCAAUACGAUGGGAUAUACCAAAUAUGUUUGAUGUUUGCAAAAAAUUUGAAAGAAAUAGACCAGAUAAUGAAAACAUUAAGUGAUAGUAAUGAACGAUGUAGAUAUUUAUAUUUCUGGACAAAUGAUCAAAUAAAAAUGUUGGAUUCUAAUCAUAAAGUCCAAGGUAAUGCAAUAUAUUCUAUCGCUACAGCAUUAUUUUAUAGGAUCAUCGCAAAAAUAUAUGUACAUUUGAAUAUUAUAAUGAUUUUAACAAGGACUUAUAGAAAAAAUGGAAAUAAUUAUAUGAUUAUAUUAGAAAUAAAGAUGAUAUAUCAAGAUUAA